UCGACUAUUCUUCCCCUUCUCCUACUCGCGCGUUCUUUUCCUUUUUACUUUUUUUUCCUUUCUCUUUCUCUUUUGGAAAAAGCUUUCAAAAACUACGCGUACCUUCCCAACACUAAAACUCACACACCCAAGCCAAAACCCUAGCUCUCUCUUCGCUUUUCUUUUUAGAUCCUGUUUGGAUGCUUUGAAUCCUUUGGAUUUUCUCUUUUCCUCUCUUUUUUUCUUUGUUCGCUGAAGAUUUGAAGGAUGGAGGAUAAAGAGGGGGCGGAUCCGGGGACCGAGUUUACAUCCGAUUCGAGCUGGACACUGGCUGGACCUGACUCAGUGUCCGACAGCGUCAAUUACUUCUUUGAUAGGGAAAGCAUUAUACUGAGUGAGUUCGGGUGGAAUCUACAACCGGACCAUGGUGAUGAGAUUGAGCGGUUAGCUGAACUCGACCGGACUGAUACCAAGCCUGAUUUGGCGGGAAACUUUAGUGGCUCACAUAGCUGUAGUGCAUCUGCUGCUGGUGUUUCUGGUUCAGGGAAGGCGUCGAAUCCGGGCGGGUCAGCUGAUGUGUCGACAUCGAAUCCGUCGGUGUCGUCGAGCUCCAGCGAGGAUCCGCCGGAGAAAUCUACGGGCUCCGGCGGGAAACCGCCUGAGAUACCGAGUAAGGUAAGGAAGAAGGGGCAAAAGCGAAUUCGGCAGCCACGUUUUGCAUUUAUGACCAAGAGUGAAAUUGAUCAUCUUGAAGAUGGCUACAGGUGGCGAAAAUAUGGACAAAAAGCUGUUAAAAAUAGUCCAUUUCCUAGGAGCUACUAUCGCUGCACAAAUAGCAAAUGCACGGUAAAGAAGAGGGUAGAACGCUCCUCUGAAGAUCCCACCAUUGUCAUUACCACAUAUGAAGGUCAACACUGUCAUCACAGUGUCGCAUUCCCCCGUGGUGGACUCAUCAGCCAUGAAGCUGCGUUUGCUGGUCAAUUUACUCCUGGAGUCUCACAAUUUUAUUAUCCAGGGUCACAGUUACAUAGGGAAAUUCCUCCAAGCAUAACACAAUCACACCAAUUACCCAUUGACGGAGGAGAAUCUCGUGAGCUGCCCCAACCCACGCCAAAGCUCCCCACAGAUGAAGGGUUACUUGGGGACAUUGUACCUCCUGGAAUGCGUAACAGAUGAGAAAGAAAAUAUGUUUGUGCAGGCCAGGCAGUGAUUGAUAUAUAAACUAAAGGUUACUCUUGAUCUGAGGACCCAUUCCAGAUGUCAGAAGAGCCAAGCCAUUAGUCAAGGCAAUUUUUUCAAGAUGGAAGUGAGUCCUUUACCUGAAAUUACACAAAUAUUACUUAGACAAAUCAGGUAUUGGUCACAUGAGUUCAUUCUCUCAUGGGCAGAUUUAUCUAACCUCAGGCUUCCAAUUCUAAUAUAUGCAUGUGAAUAUUGAAAUUCCUGUUUAUAAGGUUUAAAAGUUGAGGAUUUCGAUCACUGCAGUUCAUAGCAUUUCUUUUUAGCUGCAAAAAAGAUUCGAGCCGUUAGGUUGCAACUAGGCUACAGUAGUAGUUGUACUUGGUAUCUUUCUUAUAAUUAUAGUAUUAUAUUUAAAGAAAUGUGAAAAGAACCACAUUUUGGAUCUAUUCUUCUGC